GUUGUAUUUCUCAUUCAAAUGACCAUCCAAAAUACAACCGACGAUUCCCUCAAGAACAUCACCGAGAAAACGCCUUCCUCAAGCCUUGUCGUUAAUUCCGAUACUGCCAACUCCGAUUCUGACUCGUCCGUUUCUACACCUCGCGCGGAAGGCUCUGGAAAACCCGACUUCGGUCCUGUCCCGAAAGUCGAAGACCUCCUAUCACGAGUGAAGAACUUCCUUUCGGCGCCGGCUACUACGCCAACUGAUAGCAACUGCGACCCUGAGGUUGUUCGUGACGAAGUGUUGCUGAGAAACGACUUGUCUCAGCCGGCCGAGGAAGCUGUUGAAAUUGAUGUUACUGCUGGUGUUUUCGAUGUACAAGGUGACGCCACGGCGGUGGAAGAGGAAAUGAAGAAGAAGAAUGUUCCUGUUGUUGGUAAGAAGGAUGAGAGUAAACUCAUUGAGGAAAUCCACAGUAAAUAGUUAUCACUGUAUUACUCUUCUACUAUAACGUUUACAG